CGUGGGGUGGUCCGGGGUCCUCCUUGUCCCCCAGCUCCGGGGCCUGAGUGCCCCGCUCCCCACGCGCGGGCCGGGAUGUUCGUCCUGGUGGAGAUGGUGGACACGGUGCGGAUCCCUCCCUGGCAGUUCGAGAGGAAGCUCAACGACUCCAUUGCUGAGGAGCUCAACAAGAAGCUGGCCAACAAGGUGGUGUACAAUGUGGGUCUCUGUGUCUGCCUGUUCGACAUUACCAAGCUGGAGGACGCCUACGUGUUUCCGGGGGACGGCGCAUCUCACACCAAAGUCCACUUCCGCUAUGUGGUGUUCCACCCCUUCCUGGAUGAGAUUCUGAUUGGGACCAUCAAAGGCUGCAGCCCUGAGGGAGUGCACGUCUCUCUCGGCUUCUUCGAUGACAUCCUCAUCCCUCCAGAGUCACUGCAGCAGCCAGCCAAGUUUGACGAAGCUGAGCAGGUGUGGGUGUGGGAGUACGAAACGGAGGAAGGCGCACACGACCUGUACAUGGACACGGGCGAAGAGAUCCGCUUCCGGGUGGUGGACGAGAGCUUCGUGGACACAUCCCCCACGGGGCCCAGCAACGCUGAGGGCACCACUUCCAGCGAGGAGCUGCCCAAGAAGGAGGCGCCAUACACGCUGGUGGGCUCUAUCAGUGAGCCGGGCCUGGGCCUGCUCUCCUGGUGGACCAGCAGUUAGCCCAAGGGCUCUGUGGACAGUGGUACAGCCUGCUGCUGAGGAUGGCAACAGCGGGUCCCGUAGCUGAGUCUGCUGCCUGGCGUUGGUGCAGUGGGGAUGGGAGUGCUCCGAGCUCAUCCCCCAUCCUGACCCUGCUCCUGGAGCUGCCCUGCUGGCUGCAUGGAGUCAGUAAACAUGGGCAGCGUCCAGACCAAAGAGGACUGGGUCUGCAGUGACAUCGGGCCCUGGCACCACGGCACUCCCAGGAUGGCAACACGGGGCUUCUCCAACCCUCCCUGAC